UCGCACGGAGAGGCUGUGUUGCACCGCGCUCCGCCACCCAAGACACCUGCUCGGGCGCCCCACACACAAACCUUUUCCUCGUCUCCGGAUCAUAUGGAGUGACACCACAGCCCCCCGUUGAAAGCCACUCAACGGAACUCCUAUUUUUUCCUUAGGGGGAGGAAAAAAAGUACGUUUGUUUGGAAGUGACAUAUUGCGGCCCUCUUUGGACCUGUCAGUGUUUUUGAGGAUUAGCGAACGGCGAAAAAAGAAAAGACAGAAAGCAUGGAUUUAAUUGACAGCACUCUGGCGGAGUUCGCCGAGAAUGACCUGAAGGAACUGUGGGACUCCGACUACUAUGCGGUGGCGGAGGUCGCCAGGCCGAGCAGCCGAACGACCACAGACGACUUCUCGAUUCGACAGUACAUGGAGGCUUUGCGAGCGGCCAGCGAAACGGACUGGGCCGGCGUGCUCGAAAGUAGCGGCAUGGGUGGAGCGAACGGGGUCGUCCUCAACGACAGGCUCAUGACCGAGGCUUCGCUGGGCGUGAUUUCGCAGCUGAGUUCCCUGGGCUCCCUCAGCACCCUCGGCUCCAUCAGCACCAUCCUGGCGGCGCAGCAGCAGGAGACGCCGACGGUCAAGGUGGAGCAUUCGUACAGCCUGUCGAGCGAGCGGAGCGAAGCCGACUCGUCCCUCUCAGCUUUGCAAUAUAUCCGAGUCUCUUCAGGAACAGCCACUAUAUCACAGUGCCUAGUUUUUGUGUUGCGUGAACCGCUGGGAGACUUCACAUCUGCAUUUUGA